GAAAAAGAAGAAGAAGAAGAAGAAGAAGAAGAAGAAAUUUUCCAUACAUGUGGAGUAAUAAAAAGUUUCUUUAGAGAGAAAGAUAUAUAUAUAUAUGUAUAGUGGGGAUAAAAGAGUUGGAGUGUCGGGAUGGUAAGGUGGGAGUAAUAAUAAAUCGUUCACCUGAGCCUACUCUGGGGCCCUGGGGAGUAUGAUCGUGAGCAACCAGCAGCAACAGCAGCAGCAGCGACGACGACGACGGCAAGAAUAAAACCAGCCACAGUCAGUCAACACAGGCAGUGUAAUGUCGCACAUCGUGGUGGUGGUGUUGCUGCUGCUGCUGCUGCUGCUGCUGUUGCUGCUGUUGCUGUGUUAUAUUCAGGCAAAAGGGAAUUGAACUUUCUCCUUCUAUCUUUGUUGCGGUGAACGCAACGAGUCACCACGACGACGACGACUACGACGACGACAACGACGACGAGGACGACGACGACGACAGUGGAAAAAAAAAAAAAAAGAAAUAGGAGGAAAACUACAAAUUGAGGAGAAAGGGAAGAGAAAAGUAUUAGACGAGAUCGAGAAUAUAUUUUUAUGUUCGAUACAUGUGCGACGACCGUGUGGUGAUUUUAUUAAGUGCACGUGACAUAAGAAGAAAUCGAUAGAAGAGAGAUCAUGAGAGUAAAUCGUGGAAUUUGCGCUAAGCUGCAGGGAGGAUUCCUCAGACGAUGGUGGGCAGCUGUGGCCUUCGGCGUCCUUCUGAUCGUUAUUGCCGCAAUUUUAGCGGCUCUAUUUCCUCAGUUGAUAAAUAUCAUCGUGAACAAGCAGAUCGCAUUGAAGGACGGUGGAAGGACUUAUGGCUGGUGGAAAGCACCGCCUGUUAUACCACGUUUGCACGUGUACAUUUAUAACGUCACGAAUGCCGAUGAAUUCUUGAACAACGGCGAGAAACCAGUGUUAGACGAGCUCGGACCGUACGUUUAUUCGCAGCACUGGGAGAAAGUUGAGAUAAAGUUCAACGAAAAUGAUACGGUCAGCUAUAAAAUUCGAAAGCAAUACGUUUUUACGCCGGAAUUAUCAUCGGGUUCUGACGAUGAUCUCGUCGUCGUACCAAAUGUUCCAAUGUUAUCGGCAACGAGUCAAUCAAAGUACGCGGCACGUUUCCUGAGACUCGCAAUGGCCUCGAUUAUGGACAUAUUAAAGAUAAAACCAUUCGUCGAGGUGUCAGUCGAACAAUUACUUUGGGGAUAUGAGGAUCCACUUUUAAAAUUGGCCAAAGACGUUGUACCGAAGGAACAAAAGUUACCGUACGAUCAAUUUGGUUUAUUAUAUGGAAAGAAUGGCACUCAACCUGAUUGGUAUACUAUUUUUACGGGUGAUAAUGAUGUGACAAAGUACGGUAUGAUAGAAAAAUGGAACGGUAAGGAGACAUUGGGCCAUUGGUCGAGCCCAAGUUGCGACAGUAUAAUGGGUACCGAUGGUAGUAUCUUUCCACCUCACAUAACAAAGGAUACCGUUCUUAAAAUAUUCGACAAGGAUCUUUGCCGAGCCUUACCUUUGGUGUUUCAGAAAGAAGUGACAACUUCCGGAGGAGUUCCUGGAUACAGAUUUACGCCACCAACGAAUGUCUUUGCCUCACCUGACAAAGUACAUUCUCAACAAUGUUUCUGUCCUGCCGGUCCACCAUGUGCACCUGAAGGAACAUUCAAUGUUUCAGUCUGUCAAUACGACUCACCCGUACUACUUAGCUUUCCACACUUUUAUAUGGCCGAUCCUGCAUUGAGAGAAGCCGUGAUAGGUGUGUCGCCAGCUGAACAGGAAAAGCAUGAGCUCUAUAUCGACGUUCAACCAAUGAUGGGCACGGCACUUAGGGCUCGAGCAAGGAUGCAAAUAAACCUUGCCGUGAGCCAGGUGCGGGAUAUCAAACAAGUUGCCUCCUUCCCCGACAUCAUUUUCCCGAUCAUGUGGUUCGAUGAUGUAAUCGAUGAGCUACCACCGGAGAUGCGUUCGCUCUUAAAAAUGGCGGUCGAUUUGCCGCCAGUCGCUAGAGCUGCGGUAUCAGGAGGAUUGGCGGCUCUUGGUGUGAUCAUAUUAAUUGGUGCUCUCUGUUGUUUGGCACGAGCAGCCAAACGUCAAGAAAAACUUCACCUGAGCAAUCCAUUGCCGGCGAAUACGACUAACAACAAAACUGGUCAAUUGAAUCCAGCGUUUCAAACGUCGAAAUAAAAUUCAUCUUCUCUUCGAGGAAUAAACAAAGAGAGAGAGAGAGAGAGAAAGAGAGAGAGAGAGAGAGAGAGAGAGAGAGAGAAAUUCAUCAUCGAUAUUGAAUGCAAUUUAGUUCGAAUCGUCCGUCAAAAAGAACUUUCCAAUUAAUUUUUUUUUCUUAACCAUCCUAAACCCAUCCAUUUUUUUCGACUUAUUCUUAUAUUUUUUUUCUUUCUUUCUUUCUUUUUUUUUUUUUUUUAUUACUAUAUCUUUAUUAUUUCUUUAGUUUUCCUUCUUUCGUUUCGUUUUUUUAUUCUUUUUUUUUUUUUUUUUUUUUUCCUCUUCUCUACCAACGUUCUCGAAUCCUACGGAUUGUUAUUUUUUUACGCGUGUUUUUAACGAGACAUACGAUUCGAAUUAGAAUCUAAAAGAGGAAGAAUUCUUUCGCUUGUAAAUGCGAUCCGACAUUAGUGAUAUUUAUUACAUGUUUUAACAUAAAUGUCGUAUAUGUAAGUAGGAAUCUCGACGUAUGGACUAUCGCCUUAUUUCGAAUGGCAAAAGUGCGAGAAUAUAAAAGGAAAGUAUAGAGAGAGAGAGAGAGAGAGAGAGAGAGAGAGAGAGAGAGAAAUGCAAAAUCUAUAUCGAACGAAUUUUAUAAUCGACCUCGAUCCUUGGAUAUAUCGAUCGAUACGGUAAUAAAUCGAAAGAUCGUCUGAGUUCGGGAUGCGUAGUUUUAUCAUUCCUUCUCUUUUUCUUUGUUUAUUUUUUAUUUUUUCUUUCUUCUUUUCUUUUCAUUCAUUCUUUUUUUCUUUUUCUUUUUUUUUUUUUCACUCAGUCGUCGCCGUUCGCCCAUCGAUUUCGUUUCUUUUUUUUUUUUUUUUCUUUUUCUUUUUUCUCUUUAUAAUUCAUUCCAGAAUUCGUGAGAAGCGGUUGAGAUGAGUGGGUGAAUGGAUGGGUGGUGGGAGUUGGAUACGUGACGUCGGCUUGAUUUCUUUUUGUCUGUUUUUUCUUUUUUUUCUUUUUUUUUUUUAACAAAUUCAACUAUAAUGUGUCAAUCCGUCCAGGCGCUCUCUAAACCAGUGGUUUAAAUUAGGUAUUAAAAUUUUGUAAAAGAAGAAAAAGAGAGAUCUGUAAAGAUAAUAAAUACAUAAUCGCCGAUAACGAAACUGGUUUUUUUCUUUUUUUUUUUUUUUUUUUUUUUUUUUUUUUAUUGUUUCUUGGUUUCGUAAAACGACGAACUUAUAGGAAAAUGAUAAAUCGAAAGACGGUGUUCUUCGAUUGUAAUUAUUAUUAUUAUUAUUAUUGUGCGGUUUUAUUAUUAUAAUAAUUAUUAUUAUUAUUAUUAUUAAUAUUAUUAUUAGUAUUAUGCGAUUUUUUUAUUAUUAUUACUAUUAUUAUUAUUAUUAUAAUUAUUAUUACUUUAAAUAAGAAUGUACGAUGAUCUUACGUUAUUCAUUUGUAUAGAUAUGUUUUAUAUAUGUAUACAUAUAUAUAUAUAUAUAUCGUAAACGUGUUGUUAAGUUAAGAAAUGAUUAAU